AUGCCUGUAUUGGAAUUUAACCUCCGAUCAACAAACUACCGUACUUUUGACCCGACGGCAAAAUGGUGUUCCAAGAAGCGCGGCUGGGUUGACUCGAAAAGUACGAAGUCCUUCAACAUCAGCGACAACAUCGGCGCCGAAGCCGAAGGAAGCCCCGACAACCGAACUGUCCACUCCGACUCAGAUGAAUCAGAGUCGUCUUCCGCGUCCGCCGAUGCAAUCUCGGACGACGAGAGCCUCGGGAGCGCGACGACGACAACAAGGACGGGUGGUGAAGCGAAUGGAGGCGCGGACGCGCGAACUGAUGGCACAAGCCGCGGAGCAAGUACCGGCCCGAAGAUACCGCCAACAGUCCGAGCUGAACACGAUUCGCGACAAGGACAGGCCGACUUGAUGCAGACCCCUGGCAAGGAAACAGCCAGUGAAUCCAAUCACUUUUUGACUACUUUUCAACUCCAAUCACCUCGUGCUAUGAACAAGGAGGCACCGCUUCAGCUGCUGAGGGAGCACACAUGGAGAAAGGCCUUCAAGCUAACACCCACUAAGUCACGAGAAGCGGCUGACGUAGGUCAGACGAGAGAUGCCAGAUGCCAGAAACAGUGGAUGUAA